CAAAAGCACAGCAGCAGCCCAGAUCGAAAUGGGUCUCUCUGAAGAAAGCAAUGAACAUCUGUCUUUGUCCAUUGCAAGGUCUUUGGUCUGCACAGUACUGAGCUUGUCAUUUAUCACUGGGGUCCCUGGCAACUCUUUUGUCAUUUGGACUAUUUGUGGCAGGAUGACCCAAAGGCCUCCGACGGUCGUGCUGAUCCUCCACCUGGCUAUCGCUGACCUCCUGGUUCUCAUCACCUUGCCAAUCUGGAUUUAUUCCUUUGCCAACGCCUGGCCCUUUGAGCUCGAGGCUUGCAAAGCCCUGGCAUUCGUCAUCUACAGCAGCAUGUACGCAAGCAUCUUCCUGGUCAUGGCCCUGAGCUUUGAGCGGUUCAUGGCUGUCUUUUACCCCUUUGCUGUUCAACACUGGAAGUACAAGAUGGCCAGCAACGUGGUGGUCUCUGCCAUAUGGAUUCUCGCCAUUGCCUUCGGAGCUAUCAUCAUCCCGUUUCAGGAGACUGACGAUACGGAAGUGGGUCUCCAGUGCACAGCUCGCAUAUACCCCAAUGGUCGCGCUCAGGAGGUUGCCUGUUGCUUGCUGGAGACUCUUGUGGGCUUCAUCAUGCCCUUUGCCUUCAUCUCCGUCUGCUACAUCUGUGUUGGCAAAAGAAUUGGCCAAAUGACUUGUCCGUUGAAGCGACGCUCUGCGAGGCUGAUCACUUCGAUAGUGGUGGCCUUUUGUCUCUGCUGGCUGCCCCAUCAUGUCUUUAACCUGAUAAGUGUCGCUUCUGCCCUGAUUGAGGAUUCGUAUCCGGAGAUGUCUGAAGCCCUGAGGAAGAUUUCAGCCAUUGGGGUCUACAUUGUAGGCUCGGUGGCCUUUAUUAGCAGCUGCAUCAACCCUCUCCUUUAUGCCUUCGCCUCCAGGAACAUCCAAAGCAGUGUGAGAAUUACUAAGUUGUCCAGACUGUUUGAGCAAAUGAGCCCUUCGGAGAGGAAGAAACCCACUUGUCCAAAUGGCAAAGAGGAGAAUUUGACAAGCACAGAGAUGACUUAAUGAGGGCCAAGGGAGAUACUGAGGUUGGUCUCCAAAGCCCUGGUCCUAUUGCUGUUACUGACUUCUUUUUUCUUUAUCUGUUUAAGCACAGCCAUGCAGAUCAACUAUUCUCAGAGGACAACUCAUCCCAGUUCAUCGCUGUUAAAAAGCAGCUGGUCAAGGCAAGCUAACUAGACUCAUCUGUAGCAUUUUGCGUUGGCCAAACAAAAGGAAGACCCAAAUUUAAGAGUAAAGGAAGGAACAUAAGGAACUACUUUAUCUUGAGUCUGACCAUGGGGCCAUCUAGCUCAGAACUGCCUGCACUGGCUGGCAGCAUCUUUCCGGGGUUUCAGAGAGGGGACAUCCCUUGUGCCUGGGACCUUUUGCAUGCAAAGCAUGUCUUUUACCCACUAAGCUACAGUCUGAAAUCCUGGAGGGCCACUGGACCCACAGUUUGAUUCAGUAUAAGGCUGCUUCCUGUUCCCCUGAGUUAGAGAGAGGUGCAGUGGCAGCUGGUGGCCCUAUGUAAGCGGGACAGUGGAAUCCACUCUGGUUUUAGUCUGAACUUUCAGUGAGCUGUCCAAGGUGCUGGCAGCUCCUUGAAAGUUUGGACUAAAACCCAGGACGGAUUCCACCGCCCUGCUCACAUGGAGCCAGCAACCGCCACUGGAGGGGUGGCAGUAUUCUGUAGGUGUUCAAAGGGUAUGAGGGAGAAUGGGAGGGGUUGUCAUAAGCAAGCAGGAGACAUGAAAUUGGUUCAAGGUGGUCUCAUGAAGGAAUGUAGAUCUAGAGCAGGGAGAUGCUGGAGGACCACAGUGCAGAGCCUCCAAGACAAAGCCAAGAACUGUUAUGAAGUUGCCUUUGUGCUCAGGUCCUGCAUGGGGGUUUCCUAUGGGCUGGCCACUGAGAGAACAGGAUGCUGGAUUAGAUGGGCCACUGGCCUGAUCCAGCAGGCUCUUCUUAUGCUCUUAUGCCUUAUACCAAGUGUGACACUUGCUAAGUCUAGCUCAGUAUUGCCUAUGUAAGGGGUUCCCAAACUGCAGUCCGUGGACCACUGGUGGUCCGACAGCUUCAUUCGGGUGGUCUGCAGCGCGUCCGAAAAAAUACAAUUAAAAAUAAUCUAUAAUAAUCUGGCAUCUAGGACAGCGCAUUCCAGGCUAUACGGCCCAGUUCCAGGCUAUUUGUCAGACUGUAUCUCCCUAUACGAGCCUGCCCGGAUGCUGAGAUCUUCAGGAGAGGCCCUUCUGUCAGUCCCAACACCCUCGCGAGUGCGAUUGGUGGAGACGUGAGAUAGGGCCUUCUCGGUGGCUGCUCCUAGGUUCUGGAACUCCCUUCCUAGGGAGGCACAAAUGGCCCCCUCCUUGCCAUCCUUCCGUCGGCAAGUAAAGACUUUUUUAUUCCGACAGGCUUUUGGGAUAGAAGGUGUUUAGGAUUGGGCUUUACAAGGCUUGUUUUAUUGUUUUAUAUUAUUAUUUGUAUUAUUUUAAAUUGUUUUUAGAUUUUUAAGUGCCUUUUACGGUUUUAAGGUUGUGCAUAGUUUAAUUGUAUUUUAAUUGUAUGUUUUUCUAUGUUUUUAACUACAUGUAUUUCUAUUUGUAAGCCGCCCUGAGUUCCAGUUUGGAAAAAGGACAGGAUAAAAAUAAAGUUUCAAUUCAAUUCAAUUUCAAUUCCAAUUACAAGGCAGAAAAAUCAUGAAGUGGUCCGCCAAGAGCCUCAGCAAUUUUCAAGUGGUUCAUGUGGGGG